AAGCCAAAGUCAAUGCAGGGGUGGGCUCCGCCUGAGAUCUCCGCUCCUGGACCAUGGCCGUGGCCUCCCGGCUGCUCUGCAGGACCCUGCGCGGGUGGAGCCGCCUGACCACCCAGCCUCUGCUCCCCGUCGCCCCCAGUACUAGGUCCUCACAUGCAGGAGGGGAAGGUCGGCUGGAAAGUUCUUCUGCCAAAAGCCUCACAGAUGUCGGCAUUCGAAGAAUCUUCUCUUCAGACCAUGAUAUUUUCAGGGAAAGUGUCCGAAAGUUCUUUCAAGAGGAGGUGGUUCCACAUCACACAGAGUGGGAGAAAGCUGGAGAAGUAAGUAGGGAACUUUGGAAAGAAGCUGGAAAACAAGGACUGCUAGGUAUCAACAUUGCAGAGAAACAUGGUGGUAUUGGUGGAGACCUAUUUUCUUCAGCCAUUGUCUGGGAGGAACAAGCAUACUCAAAUUGUACAGGCCCUGGAUUUAGUCUUCAUUCAGACAUCGUUAUGCCCUAUAUUACAAACUAUGGAUCAGAAGAACAGAUUAAACGAUUUAUCCCUGAGAUGACUACAGGCAAGUGUAUUGGGGCCAUAGCUAUGACAGAACCUGGGGCAGGAAGUGACUUACAGGGCAUAAGAACAAAUGCCAAGAGAGAUGGAAGUGACUGGAUUCUCAAUGGCAGCAAGGUGUUCAUUACUAAUGGGUGGAUGAGUGAUUUAGUGAUAGUCGUUGCUGUUACAAACCGUGAAGCUCGCUCUCCUGCCCAUGGUAUUAGCCUUUUCCUAGUGGAAAAUGGGAUGAAAGGAUUCAUCAAGGGACGAAAGCUUCAUAAAAUGGGAUUGAAAGCUCAGGAUACAGCCGAACUGUUUUUUGAAGAUGUACGGUUGCCAGCAAGUGCCCUACUUGGAGAAGAAAAUAAAGGUUUCUAUUACCUCAUGGCAGAACUCCCACAGGAAAGGUUAGUGAUUUCUGAUGUUGCCAUUUCCUCAUGUGAAUUCAUGUUUGAAGAAACUAGGAAUUACGUCAGGCAGAGAAAAGCUUUUGGGAAAACAGUCGCACAUAUACAGACGGUGCAGCACAAACUAGCCGAAUUAAAAACACGUAUCUGUGUGACCAGGGCUUUUGUGGACAGCUGUCUCCAACUGCACGAGGCAAAACGUCUGGACUCAGCUACUGCUUCCAUGGCAAAAUACUGGGCAUCUGAGCUACAAAACAGUGUGGCUUAUGAUUGUGUGCAGCUCCAUGGAGGAUGGGGAUACAUGUGGGAAUACCCCAUUGCAAAAGCAUAUGUGGAUGCCCGAGUCCAGCCAAUCUACGGUGGAACCAAUGAAAUAAUGAAGGAUCUGAUUGCUAGAGAGAUUGUACGUGACAAGUAAACAUCUGCUCCCAUCCUGGAAUCUAAUUACUGUUGAUCUGGGUUUGAAUUUCUUUAUGAUAGAAAACAAGCUGGAAAGGGAAAACGUAUUUGAAUUUUUUUUGUACAGGAUGAAACAAAGUUUGGAGAUGAAAAAUUCCUUUGUUGAGGAAAAAUUCUUUAUACAUCAACUUCUGAAAUUUUCUUAUGGGAGGUUUAACAGUUUAUUUUACAUAAACUGAAAAGGAAAAAGAAUAAUACAUUUUAAGGUCUUAGUGGCUCAAAUUUGAACUUAAUCUAAAAUUUUAAAAUGACCCUGAUUUGCGUUUGAGUUAACGUAGUCCAACUUAACUUGGAAUAAUUCCAAUGUACUUUUGCAAAAUUAUUCAUAGAAUUUCUUCAGUUGCUGUGCCUGAUGAGGCCUUACUUAGUAUUGACCUUUCCAUUUUGAUUUGUAAGAGAAUUAUCAUUUACUAUCUUACCUUUCUUUAAAAACUCUGUUAUAUUUCAUGGAUCUCAAAGGAUUGGCUCUUAUUUCAGAAUAAAAUAAUUAAUGUCAAUAAAUGCAGCAGUUUAAUUCGCAA